AGGGAGGAGCAAGAGUCAUUUUUACAAGAAAGCUCGAUCAACGGAGACCUUCCUAUCCAACAAGAACCUUAAUGAGCACAGAAUUUCUUUUUGGUGAAUUCCUGUGUUUCUUUUACAGUUUCUGAUUCCAAAUGAGAAUAUACAUUUUCCUGUGUUUGAUGUGCUGGAUAAGAUUUGGAUAUUUAAAUUUGCCAUCGAAACUCUAUGGAGGGUAUAAAAAUCUUGAGACUAAUAAAAAAUGUCUUGAAUUCUCAAGAUUAAAUGCAAUGAAUUCUGUAAAAGAUUUGUUUAUCCCCAAACUAAAGAUAAGUCUAAUGAUGUAUUCAAGGAACAAUUCAAACUGUGCAGAACCACUGUUUGGAUCUAAUAACUCACUUAAUGCCCGUUUCAACUUGUCAAAGAAAACAGUCUGGAUUAUUCAUGGAUUUAGACCGCUGGGAUCCACCCCAGCUUGGCUCUCGAAGUUUACUGAGACAUUUUUGAAACAGGAAGAUGUGAAUCUCAUUGUCGUAGACUGGAACCAUGGUGCCACAACUUUCCUUUACAGUAGAGCUGUUAAAAACACCAGGAUGGUGGCUGCGAGUUUGAGUGUGUCCAUUCAAAAUCUUUUGAACCAUGGAGCAUCUCUUGAUAAUUUUCAUUUUGUAGGUAUGAGCUUAGGGGCUCAUAUUAGUGGUUUUGUAGGAAAACUAUUUCAUGGUCAACUUGGAAGAAUCACAGGUCUUGACCCAGCUGGACCAAAUUUUUCUAGAAAACCAUCAACUAGCAGAUUGGAUUACACUGAUGCAAAGUUUGUGGAUGUCAUUCACACUGAUUCCAACGGUUUAGGCAUUGUAGAGCCAUUGGGCCAUAUAGAUUUUUACCCAAAUGGAGGAAAACAACAGCCAGGUUGUCCUACAAACCUUUUUUCAGGAGUUAAUUACAUAAAAUGUGACCAUCAGAGAGCUGUCUACUUGUUUCUUGCAUCUUUUGAAACAAACUGCAGUUUUAUUUCAUUUCCUUGUUCCUCCUAUGAAGAUUACACUAAUGGUUUAUGUGUGGACUGUGGGACCCUUUCCAAAGACUCCUGUCCUAGGCUUGGUAACCAAGCUAAGCUGUGGAAAGAAGGUUUUAAGAAAAGAAUGGAAAGUUGGCCUUCCAGGACCAUUGCAUUUUUAGAUACUAGCAGCAAAAAUCCAUUCUGUGCCUAUUAUUUUUCUCUCAGUAUAGUUCCUUUUAACAAAACUGUGAAGGAUGUCUCAAUUUCAUUUAGUUUAUUAAGCCCGCAUAACCAUUUUUCACAUCCGAGGCUCUAUGUGAAGAGCAAACCACUUGAUAAUCUUCAAGAAUUCAAGAUCCUUGCUCAGUUCAAAGCAGAUGUUGUGCACAUUUCAUGCAUUUAUAUCACAUACUUGCAGUCCUCAGAUUCCUACUGUGCCACAUGCCAACACCUAUUCCAGAGUCUCAUGUUGAAGUCACUUACCCAUCCAGAAAGACCACCAGUUUGUAAGUAUAAUUUUGUACUUCAUGAAAGAAGAAUAACAGAACUCCGACCAGAUGCAUGCAAGGUGUGAACGCCUUCUUUGGUCCAUUUGAAAAUCGUUGGCCAAAGGAUUUGUCUGCUACAAUAAUGUAACCAGCAUUGUUUUAGAAUGAACUAUUCAAUCUGUAAUUCAGGUGUAUAUAUUUUAACAGAUUUUGGAGAUUCAAGAUAAGAAAAAAAUAAUAUACAUAUGAUAAAAAAUGUUCUGAAUAUAUUCCAAGGCUGUUUGUUUUCCCUUAUCUGCUUCCUAGAUACAUUUUAAAAUUGAGUAUUUAUAUUUUAGCCUAAUCAUUGGAAAUGUUAAAAACUUAUUUUCUAAAGGGAAAUAGCAAGUUUAGUGCUUUAGAGUGGAAGAAAAUCAAUACCACUGUACCUCUCUAUUGUAAAAAAUGAUUUUUAAUUUGAAAAUUCAUUGUUUAGUGAAAUAAGUUGGAUUAAUGUGAUCCUUGUUAAUAUGAAUAUUUUUAUGUGCUUCAAAUAACAAUGUUGUGUUACUGUGUCAAAUAAAUUAAUAAUUUAUGAACCUAUGAUGCUUAAGAUGUAAUCCUAAAUCCAUAACUUGAUGACUUUAAGUAGAUUAAUUCAAUUCAUUGUGCUUCUAAGUUCUCUAAGAAAUGUUUAUGAAAUUUACUCAAGUGAACUACAAAUAGUUUCUGUUUUAUGAUGAUAAAAAUAAAGAUGAUUAUAGCUAA